AAAACUGAUAGAUUUGAACGACAAAAACGACAUUGCAAUAUUUCGAAGCACACAAGGAAUGCGUGUGAUUGCACAGUGAAUUACAACAAGAGGAAGAUCGAGAUGCAACAGAGGAUUGUUGAUUGUACAGAAUUCUAGAGAGAGAGAGAGAGAGAGAGAGAGAGAGAGGGAAUUGGGGUUCUAGGGUUUGGUGGUGGUGUUGGGGAAGAUGUCAGGAGAGGAAUACAGCGAUGAGAAUCAUCUGCUGCGAUCCUCCAACGACGUUACCAACGACGAAAACGCCGGCGUUUCGGCAGAGAAAGACAACGACUUGGAAGCUCAGGAGGGAUUAAUAAGCAGCGGGAAAAGCAGUAUUAGUCCCACCAGUAGACGAGGCGGAGUCGGAGGCUUCAAGGAUCUGCUGAUCAAGCAUUUGGACGGCGGAGGUGGGCUUUCCGGCCGCCGUCUCAAUGUCAAGCGCGGCCGAGAUAAUUCCCCAAAUCACGGCGGUAGAGAGAUUAGAGACCAGCAACGGCCCCCUGUAGAUCACCACCACCAUCAUAAUCAGCAGCAUCAUGAGUCUUCGGCCGGAAUAGACGGUAAUGAUGACCUUGCCGAUAGUGCGCCGCCCGAAUGGGCUUUGCUUCUCCUUGGUUGCCUUCUCGGCCUCGCCACUGGUCUCCUUGUUGCCGCAUUUAACAAAGGGGUACAUGUUAUACAUGAAUGGGCCUGGGCUGGUACUCCAAGUGAUGGUGCUGCAUGGCUUCGUCUGCAGAGACUGGGCGAUACUUGGCAUCGAAUUCUCUUAAUACCAGUCACGGGUGGGGUUAUUGUUGGCAUGAUGCAUGGUUUACUCGAAAUAUUAGGCCAGAUAAGGCAGUCCGGUUCCUCUCAAAGACAAGGAUUUGAUUUACUUGCUGCAGUCUUUCCCUCAAUAAAGGCUGUCCAAGCAGCUGUUACUUUAGGUACUGGUUGUUCUUUGGGUCCUGAAGGCCCUAGUGUAGAUAUUGGAAAAUCUUGUGCCAAUGGAAUCUCAUUAAUGAUGGAGAACAACAGAGAAAGGAAGAUUGCCCUUGUUGCAGCAGGUGCAGCAGCUGGAAUUUCUUCAGGUUUCAACGCGGCAGUUGCUGGUUGUUUCUUUGCUAUUGAAACGGUGUUAAGGCCUCUUCGAGCAGAAAACUCACCUCCAUUUACAACUGCAAUGAUUAUUUUGGCUUCUGUUAUAUCAUCCACUGUAUCUAAUGUUUUACAAGGGACUCAGUCAGCAUUUACAGUGCCUACAUACGAUUUAAAAUCUGCUGCUGAACUUCCUCUAUACCUGAUAUUGGGAAUGCUAUGUGGUGCUGUAAGUGUAGCCUUGACUCGAUUGGUUGCUUGGUUCACAAAGUUCUUUGAUUUUAUCAAGGAAAGAUUUGGUCUUCCUGAUGUUGCCUGCCCAGCUUUAGGUGGUUUAGGAGCUGGGAUUAUCGCUCUUAAGUAUCCUGGAAUUCUGUAUUGGGGAUUUACAAAUGUUGAAGAAAUUUUGCACACUGGGAGGACUGCUUCAGCUCCUGGAAUCUGGCUGUUAACUCAGUUAUCAGCAGCUAAGGUUGUGGCAACAGCUUUAUGCAAGGGUUCUGGGCUGGUAGGUGGCCUAUACGCACCAAGCUUGAUGAUUGGUGCUGCUGUUGGUGCUGUAUUUGGGGGUUCAGCUGCAGAACUGAUAAACUCAGCGAUUCCAGGAAAUGCUGCUGUUGCCCAGCCACAGGCUUAUGCACUGGUUGGAAUGGCUGCUACACUAGCUUCAGUUUGUUCAGUACCAUUGACGUCAGUUCUGCUUCUGUUUGAGCUCACAAAAGACUACCGGAUUUUGCUCCCUCUCAUGGGGGCUGUUGGAUUGGCAAUAUGGGUGCCCACUGUGGUAAACCAGGCAAAGGAGACUGAACCAUCUGAAACACGGAAUUCAGCAAGAGUUUAUUCUCAUGUUUCGGCUGAUGAAGAAAAAGACGAAGUUAGUUGGAGACAAUGUGAUGAUGGAGAUGACUUGGAACUAACUGUUAUUGGAAACAAUUCUGACCCCGAAUUAGUUAGUGAAGAAUUGCUUCUGGAAGAUCUAAAGGUUUCGCAAGCCAUGUCAAAGAAAUAUGUGAAGGUUCCUGUGAGCUUGACUCUGAAAGAGGCAAUAAAAUGCAUGCACGAGAGUCAUCAGAAUUGUGUGUUAGUGGUUGAUGAUGAAGAUUUUCUGGAGGGAGUAUUAACAUACGGUGAUGUUAGACGAUUUCAAUCGAAGAAUUCUAGUGAUACAUCAAAGAGCGAUACUAGAUUUUUGGAUGCAAAUACAUGUCUUGUUUCAUCUGUUUGCACUCGACGAGCUCUCUAUAGUGGACGAGCGCGUGGUUUAUUUACCUGUUAUCCGGACACAGAUUUAGCAAUGGCCAAGGAGCUAAUGGAGGCCAAGGAUAUAAGGCAGUUGCCUGUGGUUAAGCGUGUCAGAGAACCACCAAAAGAAAUAAAGCGAAGAAUCGUUGCUAUUCUUCAUUACGAUUCAAUCUUGAACUGUCUCAGAGAGGAGAUAAAUCACAGGAAAACAGUUCAUCAACAUAGAAUAGAGAAUCUCGACGAGAUUAACAAUGGCCAUUAGCUUUUAGCAACAGAGCCGUUGCCAGGCCUGAAUGUGAGUCUGCCCACGCGAAAGAGAAGCUCGAAGCUCCAAGCAAAGCGAGAGAGAACGGAAGUUGCUCUGUCAGACUGGUUUUUUCUUUGCUUUUGUGGAGUUUGGCUUCGAAACGAAGUGUAUAUUUCCAGGUCCUUCAUCUGAGGCUUGAGAAUUCGUACGGGUUUUUUUGAUACCACAUAUUCUUUUAUGUAACCUACCAAUUUGUUCAUUGUACAUCGAAAGCACAAUUCAUAUGAUCUAACCUUAUAAAUGAAAAUCAUAAUGCAAGCAGAAUGGUUCGAAAACAUGAAAUACAAA